AUGGCUUCCUUUUGGUCAUUCUCAGCAGUAUUCAUUGCUUUAAUGAUAUCAUGCAGUUGCUCGUUGGCUUCUGCGAAAGACAUGCAUGUUUCUGUAAUCUCAGCAGCACCAAGUGUAUUACCAGAAGCUCCUACCUUUUCUCCUACGCUGUCACCAGAUAUGGAGCCACUGUUUCCUUCCCCCGGACGAGCUGCUUUUUCUCCGUCCGAUUCUUCACUACCAACAAUUCCUUCAAGUCCUAGCCCUCCAAAUCCAGACAUCUCAACUCAUCAAGGGCCUGGUUCAGUUUUUCCACCGUCCGAGUCCGAGUCUACAUCUCCGGCUUUAGCUCCUUCUUCUCAGGGUGCACCUCUCCCGAUAUUGUCAUUUUCACACCUUGCUGUAAUCUUAAUUUGCAUAAUUCAGCUUCAUGGCAUGUGA